AUGUUACAACUGUCUGCAUUACAUCAUAUUGAUGGAGGUUAUACAGGCAGUGAAAGAUCAAAGUUAUGGUUUGGAUUUCCGAACUCAGGGAUACCUCAACUACUUCGCAAAAAGCGUGGAGCGGAGGGUCUUUUGGGUUCGCAUGCUAAUUACGCAAAUUUUGAGACUCUGACACUCAUAUUCUAUUAUGAAGAAGACAUACCUGGAUUAUACGACCUUACCGAAGACGAGCGCAACCGGCUCGAAAAUCCACCCUGA